CUAUAAAAUUGAAUUUAAAUGUAAGGAGUACACAUUUCAAUAAACAUUCUUGAUCUUAAGUUUCUUUUAGUUUCGGAGUAGGAGUAUGUUUCGGCUUGGUAUAUCCCAAGACCCAUCUAACCUUAAACUUUCUUUAUUAAAAAAAACUAAAAUAUAUAUUUUAAAAAUAUAAGAUAUUAUGUAACUUUGAAUAAAACUCGCCUAGAUGAGAUCAAAUCCCAAAGCAAUGUCCCGUUUUCCCUCUGGCCUAGUGACUGUAUUCUUACUUCCUGGCAUAACAGAGUGCAGCUUCUAGGUUAUCUUUCUCCAGAAUUCAUGUCUCGUUUUAUCCGCAGAGCCAUCCAUUUUCGGAGGCAUAUUAUCAUCGAAAUUUAUCCUUCAACAUUUCAACAUCUGAUUUGUGUUCAACCCCAAUGGUUUUCUGUUAGGUACGCUUCUUCAACCUCGUCGAAUGGGCAUUCUUUCACCGUCUCUUAUCUCAUUCACGCCUGUGGCUUGUCACCCAAACAAGCUGUUUCAGCUUCCAAGCGUGUCAGCUUCGAUACGCGAGAUAAGCCAGAUUUGGUUAUCAAUUUCCUGAAAAGUCAUGGAUUCUCACGGCCCCAGAUUAUUGGUUUCAUUAAACAGGUCCCAGAGUUUCUUCGAUCUGAUCCUGAGAAAACCUUUCUGCCCAAGAUUGAAUUUUUCAAAUCAAGGGGCGUUCCGACCUCACACAUCCCUAGGCUCGUAUGUAGUUAUCCUCAGAUCAUGUCAAGAAGCUUAACGAAGCAGCUCAUUCCUUCCUUUGACUUCUUUCGAGAUGUGUUUCAAUCUGAUGAGAAUCUCGUUAAAACUCUUCGAUAUUGCUCGGGCAUUCUUCUUGAUAUCAACACACGUGCCGUGCCUAAUAUGCAGCUAUUGCGAGGAGCAGGAGUUCCUGAAUCAAAUGUCAUCAAGUUGUUGCAGUAUUUUCCUAGGGCAUUAACUUACAGUCCUAAUCAAUUUAAGAGCAUCGUGGAAAGAGUGAAGGAAAUCGGGAUUAAUCCUUUGAAGUUUCAAUUUCUUAUGGCUGUUCAUGUAUACUCAUCCUUCAGCAAAUCCACAUUGGCGAAAAAGGCUGAUACUUAUAAGAAGUGGGGUUGGUCUGACAAUGAUAUUCUCGCAGCAUUUAGAAGGUACCCCUUCUGCAUGACUGUGUCAGAGGAUAAGCUUGAUGCAGCAUUGGAAUUUCUUGUCCAUAAUUUAGGCUGUGAUUCUUCCGUUAUUAGUACAUAUCCUAUUGUUUUGGCGUACAGUUUGAGAAAACGAAUUGUUCCAAGAGGUGCUGUUCUUCAAGUUCUCUUGUCAAAGGGUCUGGUGAAAAGCAAAACUUUGCUUGCAACAUUUGCAUAUACGGAAAAGGUCUUUUUAAGGAGGCUUGUCCUUUGUCAUGGGCAAGAAGCUAAUGAGUUAUUGGAGUUGUAUCGUACAAAACUGGAUCAAGCAAAGUGAAUGAACAAUGGAAAGGUUUUAAGGUUUCCCGAUGGCGUCCGGUGACGGUGUGUAUUCCUCUAACAGACUCCGGCUUCGUUUUUCUUGCUCAAGCUGCCGGAAUCCAUGUCUCGUUUUCUCCGCAGAGCCAUUCCUUUUCGGCGGCAUAUUAUCAAAGCGAUUUCUCCUUCAAAAUUUCAACCUCAGCUUUGUCUUCAAAGCCAGUGGUUUCCUGUUAGGUACGCUAACUCAAACGCCUCGAAUGAGAGCUCUUUCAUGGUCUCAUAUCUCAUUGACACGUGUGGCUUCUCGCCCAAAGAAGCUGAAGCAGCUUCUAAGCGUCUCAGCUUCGAGACGAGAGAGAAGCCAGAUUUGGUUAUCAAGUUCCUGAAAAGUCAAGGAUUCUCACAGCCCCUCAUUCUUGGUCUCAUUAGAAAGGCCCCAUGGUUUCUUCGGUCUGAUCCUGAAAAAACCUUUCUGCCCAGGAUUGAAUUUUUCAAAUCCAGAGGUGUUUCAAGCUCACACAUCUCCAAGCUCAUUUUUAAUUAUCCUAGCAUGAUGAGAAGAAGCUUAAGUAAGCAACUCAUUCCGUCCUUUGAUUUCUUUCGAGAUUUGUUUCAAUCUGAUGAGAUGCUCAUUAAAAGCUCUUGAACAUUCCUCGGGCAUUCUUCUUCGUUCUAGAACCUCUACCGCGCCUAAAAUAGAGAUAUUUCGAGAAGCAGGAGUUCCUGAAUCAAAUAUCAUCAAAUAUUUGCAAUUUUACUCUAGAUCAUUUACUUUUUCUUCUCCUGCUCGAAUUAAGAAGAUUGUGGAGGAAGUGAAAGAACUUGGUUUUGAUCCUUUGAAGCUUCAAUUCCUUAUGGCUGUUCAUGUAUGCUUAUCCUUAAAAAAAUCCACACUGGCUAAAAAGGCAAAUGCUUUGAAGAAGUGGGGUUUCUCUGACCAUGACAUUCUUGCAGCAUUUAGAAAGUUCCCCUGCUGUCUGACGCUGUCAGAAGAUAAGAUUGAUGCAACAUUAGAGUUUCUUAUCCAUAAAUUGGGCUGUGAUCCUUCCGUUAUCAGUAGCACAUAUCCUUUUGUUUUGGGAUAUAGUUUGAAAAAGCGACUUGUUCCCAGAGGUGCUGUCCUUCAAGUUCUGUUGUCAAAGGGUCUGGUGAAAAGAAAAACUUUGCUUUCAACAAUGUUGUAUACGGAAAAUGACUUUUUAAGGAGGCUUGUCCUUUGUCAUGGGCAAGAAGCUAAUGCGUUAUUGGAGUUGUAUCGUGCAAAACUGGAUCAAGCAAAGUGAAUGAAGAAUUGAAGGGAUUGAAGAUAUGGAUAUGGACUAGGAUGUCUUAAUUGUAGACAUGUUUUCUCACUACAUUUGUUUGGUGCGUUACCUUAUUGUUUGCUUUAAUUCAGCUUGGACGUAUUGACACAUCAAGUCAAUAAAGAGCUUCCUGUACACUGAAAUAUCUCCGUCAUUUGAACAUGACCCUAUGUUUUAAAGAUUAUCUAUAAUACGAUCCAAUUAUAACAUUGUUUUUAGUUUCUUAA